AUGCCUACUGCCCCGGCCCUCGCCCGCGACGCCCUCCACACCAAGAUGGAGCAGCUGGAGGAGCAGCUCCUCUCAAAGAUCCUGACCCUGCAGAAGGAGCGCCAGGCUGCCAGCACUGACCACAGCCAGCAGCAGCACAACAUAGAGAAGGAGCUGAACUCCCUCCAGAACCGGGUGACAGAGCUGGAGCAUGGACCUCCAGGUUACAACCCUCCUGAUGCCUUCAAGGUGACCAUCCCGGUGCAGAACAACUACAUGUAUGCCCGCAUGAAGAAGAGCCUGCCAGAGCUGUAUGCCUUCACCAUCUGCAUGUGGCUGAAGUCCAAGGCCCUGGCAGGGCUCGGCACCCCUUUCUCCUAUUCUGUUCCAAGCCAAGCUAAUGAGAUUGUGCUGCUGGAGUGGGGCACCAACCCCCUGGAGCUGCUCAUCAAUGACAAGGUCGCCCAGCUGCCACUGAGCCUGAAGGACAAGGCCUGGCACCACGUCUGUGUGGCAUGGACCACCCGAGAUGGAAAAUGGUCAGCUUACCAGGACGGUGAGCAGCGGGGCGCUGGUGAGAACCUGGCUUCCUGGCACUCCAUCAAGCCCCAAGGCAUCAUCAUCCUGGGCCAGGAACAGGACACACUGGGCGGCCGCUUCGAUGCCACGCAGGCCUUUGUGGGAGAGCUGGCGCAGUUCGGCGUGUGGGACCACAUGCUGGCACCGGCGGAGAUCCUGGCCUUAGCCAACUGCACCUCCCACCUCCAAGGCAACGUGAUCCAGUGGGACGACCAGGCGGUGGAGGUCUUUGGGGGUGCCAGCAAGGGGGCGUUCACCGCCUGUGAGGAAGGGAGAAAGGCAUGA